AUGUAUCUACGCUCGCGAAGCCUGGCCGCUGCCAGUCGGCUCCCGCCAAGGUUUGCUGCGUCACGAUCAUUCACCACCAGUCUCCGACUUCAGGCAGAUGCUCAAAAGAUCGUGGUGGCGAAUCCUGUUGUCGAGCUGGACGGCGAUGAGAUGACGAGGAUCAUCUGGAAGAAGAUUCGGGAAGAGCUCAUUCUGCCCUAUCUGCAACUGGACAUCAAGUACUUCGACCUGGGGCUCGAGUACCGGGACAAGACAGACGACAAGGUCACUGUUGAGGCUGCCAACGCUAUCCUGCAGCACAAAGUCGGCAUCAAGUGCGCAACCAUCACGCCCGACGAGGCCAGGGUAGAGGAAUUUAAACUCAAAGAGAUGUGGAAGAGUCCGAACGGGACGAUUCGCAACAUUCUCGGAGGAACGGUAUUCAGGGAGCCUAUCAUCCUCAGUCGUAUUCCCAAACCCAUACCUGGGUGGGUGAAGCCCAUCGUUAUCGGGCGUCAUGCUUUUGGUGACCAGUACCGUUCAACCGACUUUGUUGCUCCUGGCCCCGGCAAACUCCAACUGGUUUACACGCCAACAGACGGGUCACCUGCAACGACCUUGAAUGUUUACGACUUCAAAGGGAAAGGUGUCGCCAUGUCAAUGUACAAUACCGACGAGUCAAUAACCGGGUUUGCGCACUCUUCGUUCAAGAUGGCGCUGGCGAAGAAAAUGCCAUUGUUCAUGUCGACCAAGAACACAAUCAUGAAAAAAUACGAUGGGAGGUUCAAAGACAUCUUCCAGGAGAUUUAUGAAUCACACUACAAGCCUCUCUUUGAUGACGCUGCUAUCUAUUAUGAACACCGUCUCAUCGACGACAUGGUUGCCCAGGCUGUCAAAUCUUCUGGUGGUUUCGUUUGGGCCUGCAAAAACUACGAUGGUGAUGUCCAGUCUGACAUCCUUGCUCAAGGCUUUGGUAGUCUGGGCAUGAUGACAUCUGAGCUCAUCACCCCUGAUGGCCAGGUCAUCGAGAGUGAAGCAGCGCACGGAACAGUCACCAGACACUAUCGCGAGUAUCAGAAGGGUAACGAGCCAUCAACCAACCCGGUUGCCAGCAUCUUCGCUUGGACGAGGGGUUUGCUUCACCGCGCCAAGCUCGACAACAACGCCCCGUUAAAGGCGUUCUGCGAGAAGCUAGAGGAAGCUUGUGUGGAAGUUAUCGACAAGGACGGUGUGAUGACCAAGGAUUUGGCGCUCGCGAUCCACGGGAGGGAGAUGAAGCGCGAGCACUGGGUCAUCACCGACGUUUACAUGGAUGCGGUCAAGACUAAACUGGACAAGAAGCUCAGCGCGCAAGCGAAGUUGUAG